AUGAUUGCCGAAAUUGCAGAUAUUUUAGGGGAUAUUUGCUUACUUAUAUUCGUUUUUGCAUUGAUUUAUGCAAUUUGCAGUUCAGUAGUAUCUGAUGAAACUCUUUAUGAUAGAACUCUCCUUGCUUCAACGGAUCCAAGAAAAUUAGAGUAUUUUAUCGAACCUUCGCAUGAUGAACAACCUCAAUUAUUCCCAACAAUAUUUGAUGAACCGGAAGUUUAUGCUACAUUCGUUGUCCCAGCUUAUAACGAAGAAAGAAGAAUUCCAUCAAUGUUAAAUGAAACACUCCAAUUCCUUGAUACUAGGAGAGAUGAGAAUCCUAAUUUCUCAUAUGAGAUCAUUGUCGUUGAUGAUGGCUCCAAAGAUAAAACAGCAGAAGUUGUUCUCGAUUUCGCAAAUUCACAUCCAGAAAUCCGUCUUCUUAAACAGCCAGUUAACAUGGGUAAGGGUGCUGCAGUAGCGGCAGGCUGUUCACAUGCAAGAGGACAGUACAUUUUAAUGGUAGAUGCAGAUGGAGCAACAAAAAUCGACGAAUUUAACGAACUCGAAAAGAAAAUGUUACAAUUACAGCAAGUUAAUCGCGAAGCAAUCGUUGUUGGAAGCAGAGCUCAUCUCGAAGGUCAAGAUAAAGCAAAUCGUACUCCAAUUAGGAAAUUCCUUGGCUUAUCUUUCCAUUUACUCAUCUUACUUAGUGGUGUUAGAGGUAUUAAUGACACACAAUGCGGAUUUAAGCUGUUUUCUAGAGAGGCAUCAAGAUAUUUGUUCCCUAACCAACACAUUGAGAGAUGGUGCUUUGAUCCAGAGCUUCUCGUUAUUGGAAGAAAGCGUAAGAUGCAAAUUGCCGAAGUUCCAGUCGAAUGGAAUGAAAUUGAAGGCUCAAAGAUGAAAGUUACAUCAAUGAUCAAAAUGGCCAUCGAUUUGCUGAGAAUUGCUUUGUUCCACGGAAUGGGAAUCUGGACAGUCAAACUGAAACAGGCUGUUUACGACCAGGAACUCAUCUAA